CCAGUCACGAACUCCUUGAGGGUCUCGAACCCGUCCGGCUGGGCUCGGACCUGGGACAGGGCCGUGGCAUGCGAGCACGCGCGUUGACCGGCAUGCCCGGCGAGUUGCAUAAGCUGUCAGCUUUCUUAUCCCGGGCUCUUUGCCGUCGACAGCAUAUGCCUACUAUAGUCCAUAACAUCAGGGCUCGAUGGCUUUAAUCGUUACCUCGCGACAGUCAAGUUUUCAUGGACAUGCGGAGUCGCUUUUGCUUCGGCUGAUUUUGAAGCGCCAGCUACUAGAACACAAUAGUCUUCAACCAGGUACUUACGUGUGGCACUCGCGGUUUGUGCCAAUAUUGAGAUUGUAAAUAUGUGCCUUCGCGCCGACGAGCGAAGGCACAUACACGCACACAACAUUAAACCUGGAUGGCUCCAAGUAGGCAAAAAAGGUUGUGCAGCGAUAUGCCGGCCGUGUGGUAGGCCGGCCGGGACUGACCAACCGUCCCGAGCCCGUCCCGCACGAGGUUUGUCCUGUCAGUCCGCCCGACCCGAUGGGCGGCCUCGCGUGACCGCCCGCAAGCUUGCCUGCUGACAACCGAGCCGAUUAAUGCGGAUCUCAUAGCUUUCUGAUAUAUUCACUACCAAACCUCAAGUUUUCCACUACUCGGGCAACCCCGCCAGUUGCGCACAUUCCAACACUUAGACGUUGGGCUUCCCACUACUCAUCCCACCCAAACCUCAAUUCGGUUUACCUCCCAUUCACGCUAGCUAUCAACAAUAGCCUCAUCUGCUGGCUUGGACCGAGUUACACCACCAGCUAAGAUGGUUGUCAGCGCGGCGUGGCGCCGCCCCACCGGCGGCGGCAGGUGUCGCCUGCUGGCGGCAGUGCUGCUGGGCGCCGUAGUGGUCAUGGCGGCACACGGCGGGCCACUGGGUGCCUCCGCGCAAGAGGAGAAGCUGGGCGGCACGGAUGCGGCCGUGCAGUUCGGUGCAGCUCCCCCCAGCCCUGCACCGCCGUCGCCUUCGUAUCCCCCAAGCCCUGCGCCGCCGUCGCCUUCGUAUCCCCCAACCGAGCGCAAGCCCUGCUUCAAGGUGUUUGCCUGGCGGAAGACCCUGCUGUACGUCCAGUCGGAGGACAGGUUCACCUACAACGAGGCCCAGGAGUUCUGCAGCGACCGGGGCGUGUUUAUGGUGGGCUACGAUGACCCUGUCAAGAGACUGCCCCUGGCUGACCUGUGCUACAAGAAUGGCAACGGCUGCUGGGUGGGCGGCCAGGUUGGCGACACAUGCCCCUAUAUCGACCCCAAGGGCAACGGAGCAUCCUACCCCGAGAACUGCGAGCGGCGGCACUACGCGGUGUGCUGGGGUGACCUGGACAAGCAGCGCAACAACCCCGCCAUCUGGGACAACAACUGCCGUAAGAACAACAAAAACCAGGACUACAAGAACCUUGACAAUAAGGACAACGGCGAUGGCAAGUUCAACGACAACGGCGGAGGCAGUGGCCGCGGCAACCUCAACGUCCAAGGCAACAAUGGGCCGGACCACCAGCCGUAAGGCAUGGGAUCACACGACGCGCGCGAUGCAUGCGUGUGCGGUGCUGGGUUCCGCGUCUCCCAGCCGCUUCCCACCUCGUGGUUAGCGCAAACACUGUCGUUUGUGCAAGACAAUCUUGAAAUGGCCAGCAGUGCACGCUUUGCUAUCGUGUGUGUUGGUAGGCUUACUAAGCGCGGCUGGGUUUGGCAGGCCAGCAGCCAGCUGCUGCUGGGCGCUAUAUCCAGCACUGUUCGUAUCUAUCUGUGAGCACUUUUAGUGAGCAGUCAGGGCUUUGCAAUAAGCCAGGAGGAGCGGUUGCUGCUCCCUCAUAGAAUGCCCCUUGUCCUGCGAGGGUCGCCGAAUGGACAAGCAAGCAACAUGCACAACAUGUGUGAGCACCGCUGAAACUACCGCAUUGGAAGAGGCAAUAGAUAGACAGCUGAUUAUUUUGAGUGAUAGAGGCACAUCGUGGCGGCAGAACACAUUUCUCAGGGAGUUCUGUGAAUGGAGAAGGCGGUUCUGGACACGUAUGGAAACCGUAGUAGUAGUGGUAGUAAGUCAGUUGUAGUCCGGAAGUAAACGGGUCGGGGUUGCUUCAUGCUGCAGCGGUGAUCUAGGCAGGUAGCAGCCUAGCAGGGGUUGCGUGCACAUCUAUCCAUCGCGUAUGCACGCGCACCAAGACUCACCAAACAAAGACGCAGGGUAAGUGAAGGUGGGGCCAGGCCCAAAUGCAAGUAAGCCCGGGGGCGCCUAGAGGGAUGAUACGAGGUUCCACUGGAGCUCGCGCCGCUCAGGGUGUGACCCCGGGGAACUGGGCGUGUCAUCCCCUUGGGACGCCAGCAAAUACAUACAGGCGACAACCCAAUCCGGAGGCUGUAACACACCAUUCAG